AUGGGCUCGCCAGAUUUAUCCCAGUCAAGUAACGAUCUCGGGAUCAUUCGCUCGACCGCCGACUCCUUCACAGCACUGGCCACGACCCAUCCUACUCCUACUGAAGAAUCCCGUCGCCCAUAUCCCUGCCAGAAAGAUGAAGAGCGCAAAGCCGAGAACAACAAAAUCCCCGAUGGAGGGCUUUUGGCUUGGACUCAAGUUUUGACCGGACACCUGGUCGUGUUCAACGUAUGGGGCUACAUUACAUCAUAUGGCUUCUUCCAGGAAUACUAUGUCGAGACCCUAGACGUCAGCCCAGCAAAUGCAUCUUGGAUCGGCGCAGUGCAAAUGUUUCUCGUCCAAUUCCUGUCCAUGUUCUCGGGUCGAGCAAUGGACGCGGGAUACCUCCGACCAUGCAUCGCCUUUGGAUGCCUAUUCCAAGUUGCUGGUGCACUUGGGACCUCAUUUGGGACUAAGCUAUGGCACUUCUGGUUGGCACAAGGCGUUGCCAGUGGUAUAGGUCAUGGACUCGUCUUCAGUCCCAUGAUCUCGUUGUAUGCGACAUACUUCACCUCCAAGCGAGUGAUGGCUGUCUCUCUGGCUUCUUGUGGAGCAGCAACUGGGGGUAUGAUCUUCCCAGUUAUUGCUUACAAGUGCCUCUACAAGAUAGGAUUUGCAUGGACCGUCCGGAUUAUGACGGCCAUUAUCCUGUUUAACAGCGUCAUUAUCGUCAAAUAUACCAGGCAUCGGAUUGUGCCUCGCAGCCACCCUCCCUGGGCUGACUUCAGUGCAUUCCGCGAACGCCCUUACCUCCUAUUUACAAUUGGCACGUUCCUGAUCUUCGAGGGCCUUUACUUCGCCUACAUCUACGUAAGACAAUAUGCCCAGACUCACACAGGCUUUACCUCGUCCGACUCACUUCUUCUACUCGUAUUGAUGAACGGCGUCGGUAUUCCAGCUCGCAUCGCAUCCGCAUUUGUAGCGGACCGGUGGCUUGGCGCGGUCAGGGCUUGCAUUACAGUCUCCAUCCCUUGCGGCAUCGCCAUUCUAGGGUGGAUAGGUGUGCACACGCAUGAUGGCAUGUUCGUUUGGGCGGCAUUCUAUGGAUUACUGGUUAAUUCCGCACAGAGCACGUUGCCCGCUGCCUGCGCGUACUUUGGAUCUAAAGAUCCCGAGAAAUCGGGUACACGUGUUGGGAUGAUCGCAACAAUCAAUAGCAUCCCGCUGCUAACUGGACCGUACAUAGCGGGACAGUUGAUCGCCUUGCGGGGAGGUGACUACCUAUACGCGCAAUUGUUCGGCGGCCUUUGCAUCUUGACUGGAGCGUUCUUUGUAGCAGCGUCUCACUUUUCGGGGGCCUAG